CGACGAUAUCCAUGAGGCACUCGACAUUUGAGUUGAAAGCCUCCCGCGGUGGUCGUUAGAUACCUGGAUCCAGAGCCCCGACGAGCUCAGCUUUCGCUAGGGACUGUCGCCAGCAAAGAAUGACGCCGGAGGGUCAAGGGUCGAGGACCGUUUGACCACCAGCCCCUUGCGCCGCUCCUCAUGCUAGACAACCAGACAAUCUGUCGAAGUUCAAAGAUGCGAUCGACUGUCUAGAAGCCUUUGCAUCACCACUGUUUCCGUUUCAUAGCGUCCGGGGUGAUUGCCGCCCAUGCGUGAGUCUGCAGCCGUCAAUUCUUGACUGUUCGGAAUCACCGCACUCUCGUCACCAUGGUGGUCUACUCUUUCUAUAUAUUUGACAGACACGCUGAAUGCAUAUACAAGAGGAGAUGGCUACCGCCAGCAAUCUCGACUACCGGCAAAACUUCGAGGCCAUCUUCCCAGACAUAUGUCAAUAGCGGGCCGCAAGCACGCUCCAUGUUAAGCGCAGAGGAUGACGCAAAGCUCAUAUUUGGGACAGUGUUUUCCUUGCGAAACAUGGUGCGAAAGCUGGGAGGGGAAGACGACAGCUUCCUUUCCUACCGUACAUCCCAGUACAAGCUGCACUAUUAUGAGACACCCACUAAUACCAAGUUUGUCAUGCUCACGGACACCAAGUCCGGGUCGAUGAGGAUAGCCUUGCAGCAAAUCUACGUGAACUGCUAUGUCGAGUACGUAGUCAAAAACCCACUGUCACCGGUCGAGCAUCCUGGCGGUAUUGGUGUCAAUAACGAAUUAUUUGAAGCGAGCCUGGAACAGUUUGUGGAUCGAGUCCUGAACGCCCCCUGACGAUAUCAAGCUUGCUAGAGAUGGAGUGAUUCCAAUGUGCUCGUGGUCUUGAAGAUCAUCCUUGACAUUCCGUUUAGGUCUCCCAAGCGUCUUCGAAUUCCUCUCGGCGUUGCGGCACGCAAGUUACCUUGAUACGUCGGCUCGGAACGAAUCCAUCAGCUAUCAAGGCAUUCCAAGUGUGGGUAUCAACGCUCUGAGGGCGGCUUGGCUGCCAGUCACAACAAUCACAAUCAAACAAUGUAUCACUUUCCGCCCCAGGCAGCAGUCACGAGGGACGAGACAAACAUCGGUCGCCACCAGACCACCAUUCUUGUACUCACACUAUGAGAAGCGAGGGUCGGGAUGUCCAACGAGGGGGAAGCAACGGUUUUGGUGAAUUCUGGAAUUCUGACAAUCCUGGCGUUGUGGUACGUCGGCUAGGUCCUCAAGAGCAAGCCGCAAGGGGCGGCUCCGGGUGGACGGGUGACUCAACGGCCAGCGCGUAGACAACCUGGGGCUCACAUAAGUCUGAGAAAUAAAUUGGUCGACGCAAAGCAGAGGACCAAUGUGAAUACAGAAGUGAAGAUCUCGCCUCUGAUUGGAUACGUGCGAAAAAUCCUUGGUGCCGAGCUAGAAAUGGUGUCGCAGAAAAGCCCGACGAAUCAUAAAAUUCGGACGGGAAAGGUCGUCCGGAGAUCCCAUAUAUCUGCAUAUACGAAAGCGCAAGUGCUCAUCCC